GGGUUUUGUUCUUGUGUUUCGUUGUUUUUUGUUGAGACCGACUUUAACUGUAAACUGUAUUCAGCUUUUCUGCCAUUAAUGGAUUGAAUUCCUUUCUUCUCCGACUCCAGUAAGAAUUGAGGAAUUCACUCAUGGAUUAUGAUGGCAAUGAUUUUUGGAACCUGACUUCCUAGUUGAAAUAAAGCCAGUCUCAUUUUUUUAUCAUCAGGAAGUUACAGUAAUGGGUAGGUUUCCUCCAGGCCUGCGCUCAAAUUUGCUUCCCAAGUUUGAUCUGGAGGACAACGCUGACUCGAGGUUUGAUAGUUUAGUUGGAUCAGAGGGUUUACUCGGCGUACAAAGUCAAGAAGAAAACCCGUGGAUUGAAGAUUUUUCGGAGGAAGUUGUGGGAAUGUGGGAUAGGAUUUUGUCCAACUGCUGCAGAAUCAUGCUCCAUCUCAAGGCGUAACAAUGUUUGGUCUGAGGCUACUUCCUUGGAAUCUGUUGAAAUGUUACUGAAGUCGGUAGGGCAAGAUGAAAUGAUUAUGGGACAAACUACUACUGUCGUAGAGGAAUCAGUAUCAAAAGACAGAUUGGGCUGUUUAACAACUCAAAUGGGUCUUCAAAAUUCAGAUAAAGAUGGUUCUAUUGCUCCAUCCAAGGGACUGGAUGCGCCUAAUGUGAAUUCUGUAUUACCCAACCUAUCUAAGUAAAGAAGCUGCAAAUCAGAUCCUGCCUCUGUUUGAACCUACGGAUGGAAUCACUGGCAAUGGUUCAAACAAGAAGAAUGAGAAGCGCCAAGGCAAUGUAAGCAUUCAAUCAGUUACUGGUUAUACAUCUAGUCUGCCAGAUUUGAAUACCCAGAUUCCAGCUUGGGCUUUAUUUCAACAUCCUUUCACGAAUUACCAGCAAGUGCAAUUGCGUGCUCAGAUACAUGUUUAUGGGUCUUUAAUUCGAGAAGCCGCACCCGAUGAACGAUAUAUGGUGUUCUCAUUUGGAGAAUCUGAUGGUGGAAGGAGUACGUGGGAAACCGAGUGGCUUGUUGCUUUAACAAGGCUUCAGCUUCAAAGUGAUACCUUUUCCACCCCUGACAGAGCUGGUGGCGUUGGUGCUCGUCCAAUGAUGAUAAGUCCUAUAACACCCACAUUGUCCCCAUCUGGGUUGGUACAACAGCUUGCUUUAACUCCUAGUACUCAGGCUCGUGUUGGGAAUUCUACCAGUGUCUCUGCACGUGCACCUUCUUCCAUAUUAGAUGUGAAAAGAACUCCACCACCACUGAAAAAGCAAGAUUCUGUGAUGUGGGCAAAAGGUUAUGCUUCUUUGGAGAUUGACCAGAUUUCUUCUCAUGUUCAACCUACAUUAGCACCAGAACCAGUAUGUUCUCUUGGAGAUGGUCAUCAGUUGCCAACUAGAUCAGUUACUCCCAUCGCAGGAGAUCCAUCUAGUUUCGAUCCUAAUGUUUCUGCUAGGAGUAGUUUUGCCUUAACAACAGCAUCUCCCACGCCUCCUAGGCCAAGUGUUCAUGUAUUAGCUGGUCCUGUGGACACAGAGCAGCUGAGUGGGAUUGUCCUGUCGGAUGAAACAUGUAGACAGAUUGAUCAGGCUCAACGGCAGGAAGAAAAGGCAUCAUUUCUGGCUGCAGCUGCAGUAAAUCACAGCCGAAGUGUGUGGAGACAGCUAGCUAUCCAGAAGAGCUCUGGUUUGGUUGCUGAUGGAGAAGCUAAGCUAGCUUCUGCGGCAGUCACGAUAGCUGCAGCAGCUGCUGGUGCGAAGAUUGCAUCUGAUGCUGCUCUGCAAGCCAAACUUAUGGCUGAUGAGGUUCUAAUUCUUCCAUGUGAACUUGGAAAUUCGACGUCAGAUGAAUGUCUUCAUGGUGGUCUGAAGAAUAUGGUGAAUUUUAUCUCUCCCGCAUCCAUCUUGAAGGGCAAGGACAGAACUAACAUUUCAGACUCGAUUCUUGUUGCCGCUAGGGAGGCAGCUCAAAAGAGGGUUGAAGCUGCUUUAGCUGCCACAAGAAGAGCGAAGAAUUGGGAUGCUGUUAUUAAAGCGGCAGGAAUGGCAGCAGAAGCUGUAUCGCAAGCUUCGACCGUUACUGCCAUGGGUGAACCCAUACCCUUUACGCUUCAGGAAUUAAGUGAAGCUGGUCCAGAAAAUUAUUGGAAAGUUCAUCAACAACUUGAAGUAGUUUGUAAGGAGGGGGUUACCAGACACAUUGAACAUAACUUGGAAGAGACAGAAGGUACCUCAGACCACGGGAAGAAGGUACUUCCUCCACUAUCAAAGCAGGUAGAAAGCAGCAAUUUGCCGGUGAAUGGCAGGAAUACUGAAAAAGGACUGGUAGAACCAAAACCUGGUAGAACUUCCGGUUUUGAUGAAACCAUUGGAUAUGCUCCUAAAUAUCAGGUUGGAUCUAUAUGUGCUUUGCAAAAUUCCCAGAGUGAGGGAAACAUAGCAGUACAAGAGUCAGCCAGAAUAUCUACAGAACCAAAUUGAGGAAGGUUCCGUUCCAGAGGUUCUCUCCUGCGAGGAAGGUCUGAGGUGGUUGGUGUGGCUUCCAGCCAAGGUACUGAAUAUGAAGGAUGGCAAGGCAUAUGUCUGUUGUACUGAUCUUGCACCAGGUGAAGAUUCUGAUCAGUUUAGAGAGUGUGUGUUACUUGACGGAGAAGGUCAAGCUCCGCGAAUCCGCAUUCCACAUCUGGUGAGCGGCUUAAAGAAUGAAGGAACGAGGAAGAGACAAAGAUCAGCCGUAGAAAUAAAAUUAUAUCGUUUGUACCAAUUCAUAUAGAAACCAUGUCCAUUUGUGUAUUCCACAUUAUAUCGUUUAAUAUAUAACCCAUAUGUAUUGUUA